GCAGAGCAGGAGCAGAGGCGGUGGAUGGGAGAAGAGGAGAGGAGAGAGAGGAGCGCACACAUGGAAGAGAGGAGAACGGCUGUUUCAUGAGCUCGGCGUGCAUGACGGAGGAGUGCGGUCGGUCUGUCUGGAUUGUUGGGCAUCUCCGGCCCCACAGCUACAGAGGACGUACACGAAGAAGCACGGGCAGGCUGGGGGGGGGUGGGGAUUUAGGGCUGUGUGCAGAGGAUGAGCAGGCGAUGUGGGCUCUCUGGCUGUGAUCGCUGUCCUCAGACCCCCGUAUAGCUUCUCACACUGGUGCCGUUGCAGGCCAUUAGCCUCCCAGUUAAGGCAACAGUGAGUGAUUGAUACAGAAUGAGCUCCAAGCUGUCCUCCGACUGGAUUCCCUACAGCACUUUAGACGAUGAGGGCACCAACCUCCGGCAGCAGAAACUGGACAGACAGCGAGCGCUCCUGGAACAGAAGCAGAAGAAGAAGAGGCAGGAGCCUCUGAUGGUCCAGUCCAACGUGGACGGGAGGUCUCGCACUCGCCGCACCAAACAAAGCGAGGAGCAGGCUCCGCUGGUGGAGUCCUACCUCAGCAGCAACAGCAGCACCAUCUACCAUGUGCAAGAGGCUGAACAGGAGGAGGUGAAGGUGAUGGCAGACCCGCAGCCGCCUCGCUCGGCCAAAAAAGGCAAGGCAUCGGCCAGCUCCACUCCGCAGACGGGCAGCGACAAGAAGGAGAGAAAGGGAAAGCACAAAGCAAGCGAUGGCCUGGCGUCCCAGAUGGACGACGCUCAGGUCCAGAUCCUGACAGUGGGCCACUCGGCUGCGGAGGACACAGACGGAGAGCCGGUGAUGAGCUGCACUCAGUCGCAGAGUAAACAGGACCUGCGCGUCACGAUGCUGAAGAAAGGCAUAUCCAGCAGUAUGAAUUUCGAUGAAGAGGAGGACGAUGAAGAUGAAAUCAGCUCCAGUUCCUCGCAGCUCAACAGCAACACCAGACCAGGCUCUGCCACUAGCAGGAAGUCGUGCAAGGAGGUGGCCUCAGCACCCACUCCUCCCGUCAGCGAGCCUCCAAUCGAUGUCGACGACCUUGAGGAGUUUUCUCUGCGACCUGCACCCCAGGGGGUCCGAGUGAAGUGCAGAAUCACCAGAGACAAGAAGGGCAUGGACAGAGGCAUGUAUCCCACCUACUACCUGCAUCUGGAGAGGGAGGACGGCAAGAAGGUGUUUCUUCUAGCUGGCCGGAAGAGGAAAAAGAGUAAGACGUCUAAUUACCUCAUCUCCAUCGACCCCACUGAUCUGUCCAGAGGUGGAGAGAGCUUCAUCGGUAAACUGAGGUCUAACCUCAUGGGAACCAAGUUUACCGUAUACGACAGCGGUCUGAACCCGAUGAAGAGCACCACCAGUCUGGAAGCGAGUAAUCUGCGUCAAGAGCUCGCAGCCAUUUGCUAUGAAACCAAUGUCUUAGGAUUCAAAGGACCUCGCAAAAUGAGCGUCAUCAUUCCUGGAAUGAACAUGGACCAUGAGAGAGUUUCUAUUCGCCCACGAAAUGACCACGAGUCCCUGCUGGCCAGGUGGCAGAACAAGAACACAGAGAGCGUGAUUGAACUCCACAACAAGACGCCAGUGUGGAACGACGACACACAAUCCUACGUGCUCAACUUCCAUGGCAGAGUCACUCAGGCCUCCGUCAAGAAUUUCCAAAUCAUUCACGACAAUGACCCCGACUAUAUUGUGAUGCAGUUUGGCCGCGUGGCAGAAGACGUCUUCACCAUGGACUAUAACUACCCCAUGUGUGCCCUGCAAGCCUUUGCCAUCGCCCUCUCCAGCUUCGACAGCAAGUUAGCCUGUGAAUAGAUCCCCGCCCGACGUCCGGAGGAAACUGCUCCAUCUGUGCUCUAAACAAGGGCUGUUGAUGUCUCCCUGGGCUGGGAGCGGAUCCCUGAGAUCUUCAGACCGCCCCAGUGUGUUGGAAGUCCUGCAUUUCCCCAAAUGCCUCACGGGACUCAAGUUGCGUAUGUCUGUGUGCGUGUGUCUGUGUGUGUGUGUGUGGGUGUGUGUAUAUGUGGGUGUGUUGGUUGGGGGUUGGGGGGUUGGUAAGGGGGCAGACAGAAUGGUCUCGGCCAGUGGAAGAAGACAAGCACAAAGAGAAUUCCACUUGCAAAAUCAAAUCCAGUUGUUUUGAUAACUAUAGUCAUUUUGUACUGUAACUGCAUUAUAAAAAAAACAGAAACUGUUCUUCAUGUAGUAGUGAGAGAAACCUAACAUUUCGUCAUCUGUAAAUUAUCACUAACAGCUGCACAUCUGUAUGUUUUAAAAGUUGACUGGGUUUUAUGUUGUUUGCCACACGGGAAAAAAAACAAAAACUUCCUCAAGCAUGAAAACUGAUCACAUAGUUACUCAAUUGCAAAAAGAACAUGCAUGUCACGAUAUUUAUUUUGUUAUUUAUGUAUUUAUUACAUGUUCAUUUUAAGUUGUGUCGUCAUUUGCAUCUGCAGUAUUGGCUCCACGGAGCUGCAAGCACAUAAAUUAACGUCUCACAAAGUGAUAUCUCUUGUAUCCGCACAUAACAAUUAGGGACUUUGGACAUGAACAGGGCAGAGGUCACACUGUGCUGAGCAGCAUAUAGGAGAUUGUGCCAGUGUCAUGUAUGUGAUUGUAUGGGACGACGGUGCACUUUACUUUGAGGUCUGUUGUGGAUGAGAUUUAACUGUACAUACAUUAUUGUGCCUUUGAAGACUAAUUCCAGUGUUACGCUGCAGCCGUGAACUCAGCUGAGCUCGAUCUGGUCUCUGCGAUGCUUUCUUCUCCGAAACAUGCAAAGAUGUUUCUCAGUAGCUAGUUUAAAUCAAGACUCCUUUUGCGAAAAAUCCAUUCAGACUGAUUAAAUAUUGAGGGGUUGAAAAACACUCCAGAAAAUGAUGAUCCUAAGUGCACGUCACCUUUGUGAUUGACCGUGAAUAUUUAAAUUAUAUUUUCCGCCCUCAGCACAGAUUUAAGAAGUGAUGAAUCAUUUUCAUUGAGCACACACACAUCUCAGUUGUUAUUUGCUUUAUUUUCUCCCCUGUAGUGGAGCUUGGUACAUUCCUGGCAGUAAGUUCUUAUCACCCGUUUAUGGCUGUUCACAUUUUUACUUUUUACACAUAUUAUUCCUGUUUGCUCCUCACAGGGGCAGUAUAAUUUCUCAAAUAUAUGAUGGUAUUUUGAAUUCUAUGACGGUUAGGAGGGGAAAAAAAGAAGAUGAUGAAUGAAGGCAAAGAACAAUCUCUGAUACCGGUCUUGUUACUGUGGUUUAUGAGGAAAUCUUUAUCAAAUGUGUUAUUCUUGUACUCAGCUGUGUUCUAACUAUUUUAAAUUUCUAUUUUAAAAUCGUUAAUACUCUUGCUGUAAAGUCUGCUUUUCAUACACGUGUCCAGGAGCCCAACGUUCGCUCAUUUUCUGUUUUUAGUGCUUUCGUUGUAAUGUACAGUGAAUGGUGUACAAUCUACUGUGGUGGUAUAGACACAGUUAUUUGAUCAUGGCAAAAAAAAUUAAACUUGAGUAAAUCAAAACAUGUGUUCUGUUCUUUCCGAGACAAACUGAAAGAAAGGAAGUAGUGAUCAGGGGGACAGGGACGGGGACUCAUAACCUAUACUGUGGCCAGCCACAAGGGGGCAAUCGAGAAACUUGAGCCUCAAUUUUAUUUUCUCUGUUUUCUGUUGUUCAUUUUCGUCCAAUCAGAGAGAGGCCCUUUGACCAUAGGGUUAAUGAAGUCACAUGCAGAAGAGGUGACAUUUUACUUUAAACAUAUCA